AUGGAUCUGCGCCUCCCUUUGGUUCCCGUUUAUGGGUCUGUUGAGGAUAGAGUUUUUGCAGGUUCUGGCAUUAGUGGUGUCUUGGAUUUGGCCGGGAUCAAAACCCUUCCCCUUUUCGAUUGGACGGUCACCAUUGCCGGCGAUGGUGAAGCUACUUGGAAUGGAGAAGGUAUGGAAAGAAGUAGCGAAGACAUAAUUGUAUCCAUUCAUGUAGCAGUCUUGCUUGACAAAUUAUCCUCAGAAGCAUUAAGAGAUUUUGGAUCGGUAUGGUGUGGGCAAAGUGAGCUACGUGCACUCUCAGAUGUUCUUGAGAAAAUUCAAAAAUUGCUCAAGUUUGCAGAGAAAGCUCAAGCAAGGAAUAUCUUGAUGAAAGACUGCCUUAGGAAUCUCAGAGAAGUUGCUUACCGAGCUGAGGACAUAUUGGAUGAGUUCAUCUAUGAAGCUUGUAAGUUAAAAGAUGAAAGAUAUGGAGGUGGAGGAGAGGUACGUUUCUUGCACUUCCUCUCUAACUUAAAUGCAGAUGGGUUUUUACGUAAGCAAGAAAUCGUGCCUCUUAUAAAUGAUGAACUCAUAAAGAAACUAGAGGAGAUUGAGAAGAAACUUGAAGACCUCUAUCUUAAAGAGUCAUCAGGAAAUCAGAAAUCACAUGGUGGUGGUGUACUUGAUGAAAUAUUAGACACAAGGCCAAAGAGUGGCAAGACAACUCUAACCCAGCUUGUCUAUAAUGAUCCUGAUGUAGAGAAACAUUUUGAAAGAAGAGCUUGGGUUUGUGUGUCUACUGAUUUUAAUGCUGUGACAUUGACCUCUGCAAUUCUAGAGUCCUUGACUGGGGAAAAUCUUAACUUGAGCAACCUACAACCACUUCAACAACAUAAGUUGAGAGAUAAAUUAAGGGGGAAGCGAUUUUUAAUCAUUUUAGAUGAUGUUUGGACUGAAAAGGAAAGCGAUUGGAAAUCUCUGAGAGUUGCAUUCUGGGCAGCAGGGGAAGGAAGUAGAAUAAUUGUAACAACUCGAAGUAGAAGAGUUUCAUUAAUGAUGCACCCCAUGUAUAUCCAUGAUCUACAAAUUUUAUCUGAUGAAGAGUGUUGGUCGAUUAUGGAAAGGCACAUAUCUUUAAAUUAUGGCUCUAUUGCUCCCAGCCUGGAAGAAGUGGGUAGGAAGAUUGCGAGGAAGUGUAGAGGAUUGCCCUUGGCAGCAAGUACACUUGCAGGACUAUUAAGCUCUUCUAGUUCAGAUUUAAACCUUUGGGAAGAAGUCUUGAAUAGUUCCAUGUGGAACUUAGAAGAGAGCAAAGAUUUGCCAGCUGCACUAAGUCUAAGCUAUUAUUUUCUUCCCACAUAUUUGAAGCAGUGUUUUGCUUAUUGCUCUGUUUUUCCUAAAGAUUAUAUAAUCAAGAAGAAACGUCUCAUCCAACUGUGGAGCGCACAAGGUUUUAUUAGAACCAACACUUCAAGAAUGAAAGACAAAGCAGGUGGCCAAUAUUUUGAUUAUUUGGUGCAUAGGUCUUUCUUUCAGCACUACAAUAUUGAAGAUAAGAAGAGAUUUGUAAUGCAUGACCUUGUACAUGAUUUAGCACAAGCAGUUUCAGGAGAGGUGUAUGGUAGAUUCGAGUGCCGGAAAUUGACCCGUAGCUCCAAAUUAGAGACCCGUUAUUCGUCCAUGUGCUGUGUAAAAUCCAUAAACACGGAAAAAUAUCAUCCUGAUCACAAGAGGUUAUCCACAUUGAUAUACCUUCUUUAUAAUUGUUUUUGGGGGGAUUACCAUAUUGAAUCUUUUGGAGGACUGAGAUACUUACGUGUCUUAGAUUUGUAUCAUUCUGAAAUUAAGAUGCUUCCGGAUGAUAUUGGCCAUUUGAAAUGCCUACAACAUAUUAACCUCUCGUAUUGUUUCGACAUAGAACGACUACCGGAGUCAUUCUGCUAUCUUUUCAAUCUACAGUCACUGAUAUUGUAUUGUUGUACCCUACUAAUCUCGAAGAAAGAUGAUGGUGAUGAUAAUGGUUGUGGGAUAAGAGAGCUGAAGGAGCUGAGGCAGCUUGAGGGUGCACUUUCAAUCAGGUCACUACAGAAUGUGAUUGAUCCUUUGGAUGCUCGGGAAGCUGAUUUGAUGAGUAAGCCGAAAAUUGAUGAGUUAGAAUUUACAUGUUACAGUGGGUUAACAUUUCCAAGAUGGUUGAUGAUCGAUUUGACAAGCUACAACAAAUUAGUUUCUCUGACACUCAGCAGCUGCUACAAAUGCCAAGUCCUCCCUCCGAUUGGGGAGCUACCCCUAUUGGAAUCUCUACACUUAUUUAACAUGUGGAAGUUGGAAGAGUGGUCUAGCAGCAGCUCUAAAGGGGAGGAAACUGAUGAAUUCCCUAGCCUCCUAAAUCUAACCAUUGAAUACUGUACAAAACUACGGAUACUGCCACAGCCACUUCUGUCAAGUCCGAGACUAUGUGUAUUGCAUUUCAAAGGCUGUCCAAAGCUCAGGAUGUUGCCUCAUGCAGGAGGACUAAGCAGACUCACCUCACUCAAAACUCUACAAAUUGGGGAUAAGAUGGAAGGGUUAGUUCAGUUUCUCGAUGAGACAGAGACUCUACCUCCAAAUCUUAAUCGCCUUUAUAUCCAUGAUUGUAAAUCGCUACCCAAGGGGUUGAGAAACCUUUCGUCACUGAAACAUCUGACACUUAGUCCAGAUUGUAAAGCCCACUACAACCCCGAGGAGCUCCCCACAAAUGUCAUCGUUGAAAAAGAUUAUUGGCCUGUACUGAUGGGAACCUCGCCAAAUGUCUGA